GGUCUUUAAAUAGAUUUUACGAUUUUAUUUAAGAACUCUUUUAUUAGGAUAGCAACAAAAUUUUAAGUUGUUAUGGGUUGUGGUUCUUCAGGGAUCAAAUAAGAUCCACAAAAAGAUAUUAAAAAGCGGAUUGGUAAGCCUACACCAAUAGAUACAUCAGUAGGGAUGCUCCAGUAGCAGGAUUAAUUGAAUUAAAAUAAUUUAAAUGAGAGUAAAAAAUAAGAUGGCUUGAAAAGAGAGGAUAACUAGGAUAUAAAAUAAGAAGAAAAAAAUGUUAAUGAUGGAAUAAGUCUCACCACUCCUCUUAAUGCUCAAGCAGCUAUUAAAUAGAUAUUUAUUAUCCCCCCUUAUGAUAGCGAAGGUAAUUUGUAAGAGGAAAUUAAAACAUUAGAAAUUAAAGCAGAUGUUUAAUCAUAAUUGAAAAAAUAAAAAAUUAUCGAAGCAAAAAAGAAAUAAUCUUAGGAGAGCGAGCAAUCUAAUAUAGAAAAAUCACCAUUACAGUAAAUUCCAGAGUAAAGUAGCUAAGAAUCUCUAUCAAAAGAUAUUUAACUAUAAUAAUAGUCAAGCGAUUAAGUAGAUAAAUAGAAAAUUUAAAAAAAAAGCUAAUUUGAACAAUCUAAAUAGUAAGAAACAGAGAUCAAAUAAACUAUGAGUGACUAAAAAAACAGUUAAAGUGGUCCUUCGUAAGAAUAGACUGUAUAAAGUAAUACGAUAGAAACUAAUUCACUUAAAAAUUAAGAAUCAAAUAAGAUACAGCAAACUAAAAAAACUCCUGAAAGCAUACCUAAUAAAAUAGAAUAAACUAUACGGGCUAAUAAUGAUGAAAACAAAGAGAGUAAAGCUGAUCAAACAACUAGUUAAAUAAACUAAGUUCCAACAGUUUAAACAAGCUAACAUAAUGGCUAGAAAUUGACAAAUUAAAACAAAUAAUCUUAGCAGUAAAUUUCGGGGGUUAAUUAGUAAAUAAACAAUCAAAGUCAACAAUAGCCUUAAAACCAAGUAGUUUCAAGCAGUGAAACUAAUGGGCAGCAAAAUUAAUCAGGAUAAAAUCCAUUUUAAAAGAUGUUAGAUAUAAAUAAAUAGUCAUAAUAGUAAAGCUUACCAAAUAAUUAAUACAAAAGAAGUGUUGUUGAUCAGUAAAGUUAAAGCACACCAUCACGCUCUAAGCCAAUAAAAGGAAUCUUGGAAUUCAUGAAAUAAGAAGACAUUUUAAAAAAGAUAAAAACGUAAGAGCCUCAAAAUCCAUAGAAUGAGUAUUUCUCUUAAUAUAUAGAAUAAUAUAAUUAUGAUAAAAGCGACUAUUUUAUUGAAGAUGAUCUGAUUCCCUCUGAUAAGCAAGAUAGUCUAAUGGACUCGUAGAUUCUUAUGCAAAUUGAGAACGAUUAUUCUAAUCAAGGAAUUCCAGUUAAAUUCGAUUUUACUCGUAAUUUACUUUCAGAUUUCAAAAAAAAACAAAAUUCUUAUUAAUCGAAUGGAUCUCCUAGUAAUAGUACUUGGAAUAACGCCAAGCUUAUGGAAAAACCCAUAAAAUAAGUCAAUCCUGUCUCUAACAAUGUUAAUUUGUUAAAAAUAAUAAAAAAGUAGCAAAUGAACUAAUCAGAUUAAACUUAAGUUAAGUAGUAACCAUAAAAAGUUACUCAGAAUAAAUUUGAAUCUGUCUAUUCUUCUUAGUUUUCUAAACAAUAAUCAGAAUAAUAAGCUAAUUAGAAAGAACAAGAAAUUCAAAAAAUGCCAUAAAUACCAAUUUAAGAAAGGAGAAAUACUAUUUUAUAGUCCCUCCACUUACCCAAAAAGUAAACAGCAUAGGAAAGUUAGAAAGAAGAGGAAAAUGCCUCAAAUAUCGAAGAAAAUUAAAUUCGCAAAAGAGAAAGUACUAAAAAUGAGUAUAAAGAAUAAAGUAAAAAGCUGCAGGUGCAGGAGGAAUAAUCUAAACAAAUUAUAGCUUAAACCCCCAACAAUCAAUAAGAAGAGAAAUAAAAUUAAGUCUUUCAAUAGCCAACGAAUUUACUGUCUAUUAAAUCAGAUGAUUAUAUGAAGAUACCUACUAUUCAAUAAAAAAGGCUUGAAAAAACAAAAGCUCAAACAAUAAGCUUAACAAACAGCAAUCCAUCAUAAUAAAAUACUCCUAACAGCAGCAACAAACAACCACCAUAACCUAGUUAGCUAGGUUUAAUAUAAAACUUGAAUAGACUCAAUACUUUCGACACAGUGAAUGAUACAAUUUCAAAUGCUUCCCCAAUAAAUAAUUCUCUUUUAAAUAAUAAUGGAUCAAAACCUGAAAACAAAGAAAAAAAAUACACUUUCAAUACUGAAAUUUAAAAAAUUAACAAGUUAAAAAAGCAAGAAACAAAUAUGACUGAAGAGUUAGAAUAAAUCGUCAAAGGCAUGGACGAUAAACAUAAUAUAUUAGCACACAAUAACCUAAGAGCAUAAAAGACAUUUGAUGUUCCUAAAACAGAUGAAUUUGCUUUAUAAAAGAGCCCUCUUUCUAUUUUGAAAGACUUAAAUUUAAAUAAAUUUUAAUCUGAAUAAAAUGGGGCUAAUUCGGCUUAAAACACAAGUAAUUUAAUCUGUGAUUUUGAAAGAACUGAAAACAGUAGGAGUAGUAGAAAUAGUAGUGCAAGUAGGGAUGAAUUUUAGAUUAGUAUUUCAUCUCCUCUCAAAAAUAGCUCGAGGGUCUUACACACAAACUCUAUUCAGAAAGAAAUAAAUAAAGAAGGUUAAAAAUAAAUCAAUCAGUACACACUUAUCAAAGAAUUGGGAAGAGGAGCUUGCGGAAAAGUAAAACUUGGAUUAGAUGAAAUAAAUUAGAAAUACUACGCUAUAAAAGUUUCUAACAAAAAUAAACUAAAGAAAAAACUUGUUUCACAAAAGAUUAAUGCGUUUACUCUUUUGGAAUAAGAAAUUGCAAUAAUGAAGAAGGUAGACCACCCUAAUAUUGUGAAACUCCAUGAAGUCAUUGAUGAUAGCGAAAAUAACAAGCUCUAUUUAGUUAUGGAAUAUAUGAAGAGAGGAGCUAUUCUUUCAUCAGGAUAUUUUAAGGCAACUAUUUAGAGCUAAGAUCCUAUCAGAUAUUCUGAGCUAUAUGAUGAUAAUGGUAAGCUAAAAAAUAGGUAAAACGAACCUAAAUCAAUUGAUCUUAAUUCUGCUCUUAGAUACAUGAGGCAUAUGACACUAGCUCUAGAUUACAUGCACAACUUUGCUCAAAUUUGCCAUAGAGACAUCAAACCAGAUAAUUUAUUAAUAGAUGAAAAUGAUAAUCUAAAAGUAGCAGAUUUUGGUAUUUCAACUCUUAUGGAAAAAAGUGAUGAAACUUCCUCGAAUGCUGGUACUAAAGCAUUUAUGGCUCCUGAAUCUUGGGAAAAAAAGGUUUUUAAAGCACCUCCUUUAGAUAUCUGGGCAACAGGAGUAACUUUGUAUAUAAUGAUUUAUGGAAGUGUACCUUUUAAAGAGAAAAAAUUAAUAGAACUGAAGAACGAAAUUUGUCAAAAGGAGAUUGUUUUACCUCCAAUCCCAGAAAUACCCGAAUAGGCCAAAGAUCUUCUAUUUAGAAUGCUUGAUAAAAAUCCUAUGAAAAGAAUAACUGCUAAGGGAAUGCUUGUGCAUCCAUGGAUCACAGGUGAUGGGGAGUUUAUCCUAAAAAAUGUUAUAGAUCAUACCCUCACAGUAGAAAACUCAGAUUUGGAAAAAGCCAUAAGAAAAACUACUAAAUUUACUGCAUCUGUUAUGAUAGCACUAGGUCUUAAAAGAGUGCUCAAGAAAGCCAGAAAAUCUCUAAUGGAGCAAAAAAGCCAAAACAGCCUCUCCAUUUCAACACCAAAUAACAACCAAAGAAAGUUAAGUGUAUAAAAUAAAAUAGAAAAUAUUUCUAAAUUCUCUUAGAAACCAGGUGAUAAGAAAGAAUACAAAGAACCAGACAGAAGAUAUUAAAAGUUAAAUGUCUCUCAAUUACUAAGAGAUGAAUCUUUUAAUAGUUGA